CGAUGACGGUCUCUGGGCUCUGGGAGGCCUCUCCCCCCAGAUGACUACCUGGAGUACUAACCCUUCCCUGGAGCGUGAGCUCAAGAACACACACGUGCGUAACGGCCAGCCCACCCCGCCGCCGUUUGACGACAGAAGCGUCAGUGAGACCUCGGGCCCUGACCCUUCCUAUCCUCCUCCUCCUCCUCCUCCUCCUCCUUCUUCUUACUCCUAUCACCAUCAUAAAACUACCACUAUUGCCUCCACCAGACGCCGCCGGGCCCGGCCGUCAGUCUCAUGUUUCAGCCCCUCUGACACUGACGAGCCGCAGCAGGACAAGGCAAAACGUGAGAAGUUCCUGGAACGCAAUCGUCUGGCUGCCAGCAAGUGCCGCCAGAAGAAGAAGGAGCACACCAUGCUCCUCGAAUCGCGCUACAAACAGCAGUCGGACAAGAAGGAGCAGCUGAUGGCUGAGAUCGCUCGGCUGCGCUCCGAGAUCCUCGGCCUGAAGAAUGAGGUCCUCAAGCAUGCUCAGUGUGGCGAUGAGCCCAUUAAGCUGCAUCUCGCCCAGAUGGUCAAGAGGAUUACAUACUCUGACAACAACAGCAACAAUAACAAUAACAAUAACAACUCGCCUGCAGCCACAACCACCCUCUCAUCCCAACCCGUUGAUCUCGCAGAUGUCGUUGCAGUCUCUUCCAUCGCUGCGGCCACGACCUCGAUGACAGACAACCUCACUUCUUCCUCUUCCUCUUCCUCUGAGGGCAUUCCAGCCCCGGCCUUGAUCACGGCCACCACCACUGCGUCAAAUACCACUUUAAAUUCGGCUCCGGCUUCCUCGCUCUCCUUUGGCUUUGACGACCCGCUGCAUCUCGACCCGGCUACCUCGUCUGCCCUCGAGCAGCAGCUACGCCGCGACUCCGAGUCCUCGCUUACUUCGGAUACUUCGUACGCCUUCUCUGCGGACGAUAACUUCGACGACCUGAUUAAUGUUUAACUGUGCCCGGGUGUUCCAAGGGGGCGUCAGCGUGAUGAACUAAUGUUGUACGGGUAUAUGAAUGAUUUUUGCGUGGGUGCCUGGAGUUUUUACCAAUGAAACCAAAAAGAAAAUGGGACUGUAUUCUUAUCUAUCUAUUCUUUGCUUAGGAGUAGCCCUAGGACGCGGCUAGCAGGUGCUAUAGAAUUGAUUGUUUUAAUAUUGAUGUAUACGGUAUACAAUCCUAG